AUGUUCCAAGAGGCGACCUACGGCCAACCGUCCAGGUUCACGCCGUCGCCGCCCGAUCUCGCCGGCGGCAGCCUGAACGAGGGCUUCUCGCCGGCCCUACGACGAGGGCCACUCCCGUUCGGUGCGACGGCGGCGCCGAACGACGAGGUGAUGAACGAGAUGAUCGACUCCGGCUCCGCGGCCGCCGCUGCGAGCCCGGGCAAAUGGCACGUCAUACAGGAGGAGCUCAAAAACAACCCGGUGAGCGGCGAAGACUUUGAAGCCAAGGUGCGCCGUGCUUUCGACAUGUACCACGACGACACCGACCUGAUGUUCAAGUUUCUGAACGUCUACUCCCGCAUCGAGAAGUGCGAGAAGUGGACGGAAACCCGCACGAGCCUCUCGAAGAGCAAAACCGAACAGUACAACCCCGACGCUCCGGCGCCAGGCUCGUCGAAUGGCCGCCGGAACUCGGACGAGAAAAAGCUCAAAGAUCUCAAAAAGAUGGGCCAUCCCCUGAGACCGUCUCACUCGCUUCCCAUGGAUCGAUCGCGCUACUACUACUCGGCGGCGCCGGUGGGCACGGGCAUGGGCCCGCUCGCCGGGCAGCUGGGCGAGUGGCUGUGCCGGGCCGUGCAGCCGCCCGCGCCCACGCCCUGCGGCUCUCCCGGCGGCCCGCCCGUCACGGCGCGGCGGGUCCGGCUCAGGGACGGGCGCCACCUGGCGUACGAGGAGUCCGGCGUGCCCAGGGAGACCGCGCGCUUCAAGGUCGUCUUCUCCCACGGCUUCACCGGCUCCCGCCUCGACAGCCUCCGCGCCUCGCCGGAGGUCGCCGAGGAGCUUGGCGUGUACAUGGUGGGCUUCGACCGCGCGGGAUACGGCGAGAGCGACCCGAACCCGGCGCGGUCCGUGGAGAGCGCGGCGCUGGACAUGGCGGACCUCGCCGACGCGCUGGGGCUCGGCGACAAGUUCUACGUCGUCGGCUUCUCCCUCGGCUGCCACGCCGUGUGGGGCGCGCUCAGGUACAUCCCGGAGCGGGUCGCCGGGGCCGCCAUGCUGGCGCCGGUGGUGAACUACUGGUGGCCCGGGUUCCCCGCUGAGCUGGCGGCGCGGGAGUACGGCCGGCAGCAGCGCGGCGACCAGUGGGCGCUGCGCGUGGCGCACCACGCCCCCGGCGUCCUCCACUGGUGGAUGGAGCAGACCUGGCUGCCCCUGCCCACCUCCACCGUCGUCGCCAACACAACCUACCUCCCCAACAAGCGCGACGCCGAGAUCCGCCGCACCCUCACCGCCGACGGCACCCUCCGGAACAAGAGGGAGAUGGCCACGCAGCAGGGGAUCCAGGAGUCCUACUACAGGGAUAUGGCGGUCAUGUUCGGCAAGUGGGAGUUCGACCCCAUGGCGCUGCCGGAGCCGACCAAGGGCUGCCCCGUGCACCUGUGGCAGGGCGACGAGGACGGCCUCGUGCCGGUCGCGCUGCAGCGGCACGUCGCUGGGAGCCUCGGCUGGGUCAACUACCACGAGCUCCCCGGCACUGGCCACUUCCUUUCCGCUGUUCCCGGGCUAGGAGACACCGUUCUCCGGACACUCUUCGGUUGAUCGCCAAUACUCCUAGGAGAACUAGAGAAGAAUAGCUGGUUUAUUAGCUAGCUUGGCGUUGCAAAGUACUACAGUGCACUAUGUUCAUUUCUUGGUUAAGUUAGACAUGUGGGGACAUGAGGCAGCAUGUAGAUUUUCUAUUUCUUGUUUCUUUCUUUAAUUUUUUUUGUAAUGAAAACUAUGCUGCCAAGAAGCCCUGAAAAGUAAAACUUAACAUUUUCCA